ACAGUAAAGUCCUAAAUCAAAUGAUCACGUAAUUCACUUAAAAGUAAAUGUUCACUCUAAUUUACAUUGAUAUCAAUAACGCCUUUUUCACAACAGGUAUGUGUUCCCAUACAUUGCAAACGACACACCUCACCUGCCUUCAUUCAGAUGGGUGUGACCGACAUUCUGAAGCUGCCUCUUCAAUGAGUUGCGCAACGAGUUUAUCAUAACGUUGUAUCUAUUCAAUCCGACCCAACCCCUUCCUUCCUACAUUUGGGAGCAGAUCCGGUCGUGUACUUGUUCGAGUAGUUUAAAAGGGAAAACAGCAAGAAACUUUAGCAAACAACAACAACAAUCACAUUAUUUGGAAAGGGGAGGACACUUUUACCUGGAGGUCCUUGAACUACACACAGUUCUAUUUGGUAGACUACGGCUAACAAGCAGUUUUAGCUUGACCUACUUUCGACAGCAUAGGUCUGUCUUUUUCGACGGAUUUCUAAAACAACCCCUCCUGGUCAUGGGGGACAUCAACAAAGGGAAGAAGGUGUUUGUUCAGAAAUGCUCCCAGUGUCACACAGUGACAGAGGGGGGGCGUCACAAGGUGGGACCCAACCUGUGGGGUCUGUUUGGGAGGAAGACAGGACAGGCAUCUGGCUUCAAGUACACACAGGCCAACAUCGACAAAGGCAUCAUAUGGGAUGAGGAAACCCUGGCAGUCUACCUUCAAAACCCUAAGAAGUACAUUCCUGGUACCAAGAUGAUCUUCAGUGGGAUCAGAAAGAAAAGGGAAAGAGUGGAUAUUAUAGCGUAUCUAAAGGACUCCACCUCUGAAUAAACUGACAAACAAAACACACACACACACACACACACACACACACACACACACACACACACACACACACACACACACACACACAGCUGUGGACAGAAGCACUGUACAUUUAGGAAAAACAAUAGUGUAUUCUUUAUUUUAAUGUAUAGUUAGAGUUCUCUUUCUGCAUUUAGUUACAUUACAGCAUUGCUCCCACACAGCUUUUGUGUGAGACUGUUUUUAAUUAUCGUAUGAGUCAGCCUUCGUGUGUUUUCCAGACAUUUCUCAGUCGAGGCUUCUUAAAGAGGCAGCCUUCCUUUGGGACUUUCGGAAAACAGUUGUUUACCAUUUACUACUGCUCGCACAAACUCUGCAUGUUUGCCACUUUAACUCUCGCUGCACUGUUGGCAGCUCAUGUUCAGGUCUAUUUUUCUAUUAUAUUUUGUUUACUACUUGUAGAGCUUUUCUCUAAAGUCUCAAGACUUUGAAAAACUGUUUGACGGUGCUGGAUUGUAUUAUAUUUCCUCUUUGUAAGCUA